UCAGUAAGAACAUUAAUUCACCAUAUAACAUGUCGAAUAGUACUACAAGUUUCCUCUAUUUUCGUUACAAUAGUUUUAGAAAGUCAAUGUCGAAAUCUAGGCGAUCACUUCACCUGUCAAUGUUAAAGCAAACGCCUUUAGCUCAUUUCCGUCCAAAAUUGGAGGAAAUGAAAAGGGUGUUUGACAAAUUUGACACUAACAAAGACGGAAAAAUCUCAAAAGAAGAAUACAAAUCGGCGAUGAAGAUGAUGAGAAGUGGUGAGGGAAAUACGAAAUCUUAUGAAGUUGAUGAUGCAUUUCAGGCUGCAGAUACUAAUGGGGAUGGAUUCAUUAACUUUGAGGAGUUCAUGAGACUGCAGAAUCUCGACGGUGGUGUGAAUUCAACUGAUAUUAAAAGCGCUUUCAAGGCGUUUGAUUUGGAUGGCGAUGGCAAAAUUAGUGCAGAGGAAUUGUUGCAGGUUCAACGAAUGCUUGGAGAAAAAUGUAGCUUAGAGAGUUGCAAGAAAAUGGUCAGAGGUGUUGAUGCUAAUGGGGAUGGACUUAUAGACAUGGACGAAUUUGUGACCAUGAUGACGCGCACCAUGAAGCUCGUCUGAGGGUUGUCCAAGUACACGAAAACAAUGUAGUAAUGUCAUAAAAUAGCUGCAGAAAACUUAAGAUAUAUAUAUAGUCUCGAUCCGUUUUCUUACUGCAAUAAAGUAACCUAUUUUCUAUA